AUGAACGCUCCGGCGCCUUUCGAAUCGUUCCUGGUAUUUGAUGGUGAGAAGAAGAUAGCUAUAGAAAAAGACACUAAAGUGCCUAACGCCGCUAUUUUCACAGUAAACAAGGAAGAUCACACGAUCGGGAAUCUCCUCAAACAUCAGUUGUUGAAAGAUCCUCAAGUAUUAUUCGCUGGUUAUAAGUGUCCGCAUCCAUUGGAGCACAAGUUUAUCCUCAGAGUACAAACAACAUCUGAUACCACUCCUGCAGACGCUCUUACCAGUGCCAUCACUGAUCUUAUGGCUGAGUUCUCCUUGUUUGAAGAACGAUUCAGAGAAGCCAUCAAAGAGCGUCGAGAAGCAAACGAAUAA